AUGCCUUAUACCCGUCCAAAGCCUCUGUCAAGCAGUGGUGACAGUGCGAUGAGCGGGGAAAGUCAUUCGCAAAACGACACUAACCUCCCCUUCUCAGUCUCGAAUAUGCUUAACAAGCUGCACGGCCAGCCGGAGAGUUACGACAAGAAGUCCGUUCCCCUGCUCCUCUCUCCGCUCCCUUCUUUUCAUGCGUCGACCACCCCUGGAUUGACUCCUCCACCAACUCCUCCAGUUCCACUCACCAAAGCCAGGGCACAAUAUCGAUUCGGGAAGACCCUGGGAGCAGGUACUUAUGGCAUUGUCCGAGAGGCAGACGUCAAUGGGAAAAAAGUUGCUGUCAAGAUCAUAUUGAAAAAGAACGUGAAAGGCAAUGAGCAAAUGGUCUAUGAUGAACUUUCCAUGCUCCAGAAGCUACAUCAUCCGCAUAUUGUAGAAUUUGUUGAUUGGUUCGAAUCCAAAGACAAGUACUACAUUGUCACCCAGCUUGCUGUUGGUGGCGAGCUGUUUGACCGGAUAUGUGACCAAGGCCGUUUCACAGAGAGGGACGCAUCACAAACGAUCAAGCAAGUCCUCGGAGCUGUAGAUUAUCUCCACGAGAGAAACGUCGUUCAUCGAGAUCUCAAACCGGAAAAUCUACUCUAUCUCACCAAAGACCCAGACUCUCAGCUCGUACUUGCGGAUUUUGGCAUUGCUAAAAUGCUAGAGACACCUGGAGAGGUGCUGACCACGAUGGCCGGUUCAUUUGGCUACGCUGCACCAGAGGUUAUGAUGAAGCAGGGGCACGGCAAGGCAGUUGACAUGUGGUCUCUUGGCGUCAUUACCUACACACUACUAUGCGGUUAUUCGCCGUUCCGAUCGGAAAAUCUUGGAGACCUCGUAGAUGAGUGCCGUAGCGGGAAGAUCAUCUUUCAUGAGCGAUACUGGAAAGAUGUCAGCAGGGACGCGAAAGCGUUUAUUCUGACCCUCCUUCAGGUGGAUCCGAGGAGAAGAGCGACGAGCAAAGAAGCCUUGAAGCAUACCUGGCUCAAGGGUGAAACAGCGACCAACCACGAUCUCCUGCCCGAAAUUCGAUCAUACAUUGCCAAGGCGCGUCUAAAGCGUGGGAUUGAACUUGUCAGAUUGGCCAACCGGAUUGAAGCUUUGAAGAUGCAAGAAGAUGAAGAAGAGGAUAUGCCAGGAAGCGCUGACGUCCCAGCCAACGCUGAACAAGCUGCUGGGCUCAGCGUCGCCAAUCAACAGCGGGGUAUCUCGCCCAGCCGUGGACUGGCGACAAGUGAGAACCCCGAGAAGCGGAGCCUGAGCAAGAUUGCAAAGGGUGCGAUAUUCCGAGAAAUUGUGCUAGCCAAAGUGCGAGAAAUCAAGGAGAAAGAGAACCAAGAAAAGUUGGCCGCAGCGGCCACGCAGAAAUAUGGACAGAAACAAACCCAAGGUGGCAAACGUUGA